AUUAAAACAAAUGUGGAACAUUACAUGUCAAUAACAUUGUAAGGGAUAUUGGACAGAUUUCAACAUUAAUAAUACUCAAAGAGCCAGAAGAUCUGACUGCAUCACGCAUGUACUCAGUUUCAGUUUCCAAGUAAAUUGUUAAAAUAUUAUAAAGACAGGAAUUUCCAAACUGACCAUGUAAUCAAAGAUAAAAGAAAAAAAUAUAUAUUAACUUCCUGAGUUCUGUUUCAGGGAUGAAAAUACGAGUGCAAUCUACAAUGAAAUCGUUGCAAUAAUCAAGAUUUGAAAACACAGGAAAUUAGAAGCAAGAGAUAGGGCAAGUUUGAAUGAAUGGAAAAACAAACUAGAACAACAGAUGAGACAAAACAAGGCAGCCAAACGAAAGAAAAAAAUGAAAGUGAAGUACGAAAAUACAAAAGAGAGAGGAUUAGUAAAAAUGCAUGCGGAGGAGAGGAAGCAAUUAGUAAAUGGCUGUUGCAGGAAGACUUAAACCAUUGCUAAUAUAAUGUAGGCCUACAGAGUGGGAAGUCAACAAUAGCCAAUUUCUUGUCAGAGGCUGCAGACACAAUGUCUAAUGACUACAGAGCAACUCGGGGUGUCAGGAUUCUUGAAUUUGAAUCACCAAAUGUAAAUGUAAAUGGCAAAUUUGUAACCUCUGAUGUCGAGCUUUGGGACUGCAGUGGGAAUUUAAAGUUUCAGCAGCAUUGGCCUGCCCUACAAUAUGAAACUAAUGGUGUGGUGCUUGUGUAUAAGCCAACUGUGACUGAACAUGGCCAGCUGUUAGAAAUGUUUUACAAUUACUUUGUGAUACAGAGUGGUCUUUCAGCAAGGAGUUGCAUGGUCCUCGCAAAUGUUGGCUCUGAUGCUGAGCGUGAUUCCAGACAACACAUUAAACUCCCAGCAGAUACAUUUAGCAAAGUGCUGCAAAUAAUAGCUGAUGUCGAUGGAAGUGGCAAUCGCUUAAGAACAGAUUUUGGAAUUUUUUUGUCAAAUGUAUUUAGUGGAAUGAGAGAGAAACAUGAAGAGGAGGAACUAAAUGUAAUGAAUGUGCAAGCAGUGUGACAACACAGAAGUACUAACAAAAUAUGUAUUUUUAAGCCUCCAUGUUAUAAACAUGAAAUCAAGUAAUAACAAAUGAAUCUUAAAGAGAAUUUAAAAUGCUUCUGUUACUUCCCAUCCAUGAAAGAUUUUUCACACUCUGUACCAUUUUGUUGACAUACUUGAUGCUAUUUGUUGUUUGCUAAUAUUUUGUAUUGUCUAUUUUUCUGUGAAUGCUACCAUUUUUAGGCAUUAAACGUGAAACAAAGAACUUCGAAGCUUAACUUGUACCAUUUGCCUAUCUCAAUAUAUUCCAUAAGUGUGGCCUCACAGCAGUCUCGUAUGAUAUAAAGCUGAAGGAUGCCUAUUGGCAAUGACAGCAAACCAAAAGAAUAAUAACAACAGAUGAACAACCUUUUUUGUGUGCUAUUUCAUUUAACAUAUGCCUGCAAAUUGACAGGCAGUAGAUUUCACUAAGCUUUAUUGGAUACGGAGAAAUUGCAGAAAGAGAUGUAUGAGCAUAAUCUGCCACCUCAAGGCAAUAAAGUGUCUUAUUUGUAAUCCACUUGUGAGUACAUCCUCUCUAACAUAAGGCACAAAACUAAAUAUCAGCAGCAGAGUAAUUAACUAAAUGGCUGUUGGUUACUGCAGGUGACAGCUGACAACUGCAAAAUUAAAUCUUUUUUUUUUAGUUGGCUGGGUAUUUUUUAUAAACUGUAAGAAGCUUUUAAACUGUAAUAAGCUUUACAGUUUUAUUCCAAUUCUGAAGUAGAAUGUAGAUACGUUUUAAGAGAAUAUUUGUUUUUUACCAACAGGAUACGAGUUAACAGAGCAGUACAGAAGAAGAAUUUCAGAGUGCAAGUACAAAAAGAACAAUCCUAUAACCAGUUCGUAAUUCUGAGAAUCUGUAAGAUUAAUCUAAAUUCUCAGUUUACAGCACCCUUCAUCAUUUGCUACAGAAAACACAAGUUGUUAUUUGCCUUUGCUGUCAGUGUCAACAAAGUGCCCUCAACGCAAAUACUACAGCAGGCAAAUACUGCAGCAGGCAAAUACUGCAGCAGGCUUUAAGACUACUCUUUUGGAUGGCUAAAUAAAAUUACAUUUUAAACAACAUUUUGUGUGUGUUAUUUUGUUGACUACUGUUGAGGAAUCUUUGUUUGGCCUGACUUAAUCUAAACCUUACAAACAAAUGCAUUUUAAAAAAAUUACCAGAAGAAGAUUUAAGACAUUUCCGUCAGUGACUAAAGAUAUCAUCAAAAAGAAGUUACUGAUAUUCUGGGGAUGGUAUUAUCGCUCUACGCAAUGUUAUUGAGUCCUGAGAAUGCUUGUAAUAGAACUGGAGCCUGUGUACAUUUUGACUAGUGCCUGUUACAUGAAGAGUGUAGCUACAAGAAAUAACGUUUAAUAAACUCUUCAUUUUGCUACAUGCUACUAGCAUUUUAUCAGUCUGAUUUAUAUACAAGUAUGGUUUUAUCAUUAAAAAAUGUAAUGUUCGGUUUCCAUUUAACACUUCUCUCUUCAACUUAAUUUGCAUAUGUAUUUUCCAAUAAUUUGCAAUGUUUUAAUAUAAGAAAGAUUUUUAUUUACACGAUUUAAAAUAAAUCCUAGCUUUUUCUUUGAUAGAUUGCUGAGGUAGUCACAUUUUAUAACAAGUAUUUUCUGUUCUUUUAGGAUACAUGCAAACAUAACAUCCUGCACUCAAACAGAACUAGGAAAUACAGUAAUCACUCCUAAUCAGCAAUAUGCAGAACACAACACACAGAUAACAAUUACAUUCCUGUUUAAUACAUUAUAUAUAACUCAUGAUAUGCCAACAAAUAAUGAAUAUUUUUCAUUGUACAAGAUGAUGAAAAUUCUAGUAAAAAUUUGUAGCAUCAAAAAUAUAUUGCAACAACUAACUCUCAGUCUUAACAGUAAACAAAUUUUGUAUCUAAUCUGUUGACACACACUUAGACAAAUAUACUGGUAAAUAUACAUUGCCUAGAAAGCUCUAAGUGUUGUUACUUAAACUAUCUACAUUGCCAAAUCAUUUAACACAGGGUAUGCUGUUACAAAUUAAUAAUAAUUAAUCAACAGAAUUAUUGACAUAACUGUGUGACUGACUGUUAGGAGAACUUAGAGGAGUGUGUUAUCUGGAACUUAUCUCUGCACCUGACUGCUGUCUUGCCUUCAUGUGAGAAUAAAUUUAAACUUGAGAAAAAUGAAAUCAUAAUACACUGUGCACGAUCUGGGAAUACUAUUUUCCAUUUGUCAGUCACAUUGUUAUUUCAAUUGUUCUGUACUGCCUGUAACUUGAUAUCCCCUAAAACAUUUUUCCACUGAUCUUAGUUACAUAUAAAAUUCAAAACACAUAUCCAAGGCACAACAUCAAGUGUUUUCCAAAUAUGCGUUUUCCAGCAUUUAUAUUUUUUCAUUUUUUUAAAAAGAAAGAACAGUCUCUGCAAUUUGUACAAGAAGAAUUUACAAGUAAAGAUUACACUGUAUUUUCAUUUAUCACAAAGCAAUAGCGCGCACGCGCACACACACACACACACACACACACACACACACACACACACACACUUCGAGCUCAAUUCAAACUGAUUCUUGUAAUGUUCUUGCCAGAAAUAAUAAUUUUUUUGGAAGAUCGUAAACAUUCAGCUGCCUAUUCCAGCUCACUCUGAAUAAUCGUUACUUAUGUAUACCACUUGUGUAUGAUUAUUUUGCACAUUUAUAACAUGAAUAGAAAAUUUAACAAUCUAUCACAGGACCAGAUGAGCACCACCUUUUUUACGAAGAAAUUGAAUGAUGAAAUCUGGGACUCUCACAAUAUUUAGUAUGCCUACAAAGACUUGAGUGUCCCUGAACACACCUGUUGUAUAUUUAGAUUCUAAAUACCCAGUGAGAUCAUCAAAAAUAGACGCUAUAAGUAAAAAACUCUGUCUGUGUGAUCAUAGUAAAAAGAACUGUAACAAAGAUAUCCACACAACGACAACAACAACAGGUGUUCACAUAUACAACCACAAAAAUGUGCUGUACAUACGUAGACUAUAUGUACCUUGUAACAAUUAAUGUCCAAUGUAGUUUAGUAAAUUUUUUCAUACUGUUAACAG